AUGACUGUAUUACCUCAUGACUACUCUCUCCCGCACACGAAGAAGGUGAAUUUGGAAAAGUUACAACCUUCCUAUGUAUCGGGUACUUCAAAGGAGGCCCAUAACAUGACAAAGGAAAAUUUGAAGGAGGCAACGAGAGCGAGAGAUCAUGUCAUUAUGGCCAUGAGUAAAUCAAAACCUUAUCAGGUGGUUGUGGCUGCCAUUGAAAAGUAUUUACCCUAUCUCACAGGUAUUUUACAUGCCACCGAGAAUGAACAACUCAAAUCUCAAAAAGAGUUGAAAGAUAAGGACGCUGUUCUUUUCGAGUGGUCUAGCGGAAUAUUAGGAGAAGAAAACAAGUCAUUCAUGAAGACGAAAAAGUUUUUCACGUCCAGGCUCAUCACCUUUGAAGUAAUCAUGAUCGUCUAUACAUAUGGAUUUGCAUUAUGUAAUUUAGCUUCCGAGAAAAUCAAGCAAACGACAAAUUUACUAGACAAUAAUUCUAUCAUUGAAAUAUACCAGGAUGCAGCACUGUUUCUCCGAAAAGCAUGGGGAGUUUUUAAUUAUUUAGCGACGAAUGGUCUUGUGAACUAUGUCAGUGGACAGGAUGCUUCCCAUUUACAUCAAAUCUCUGCACCAUCCUCGAAUGGAUCUUCUCCAGUUCCUAGCCCAGUGAAUUCGUCAUACUCUCCUAUUUUCCCAACCAUCAACACAAAAUUAUCCUUCCCAAAAUCUUCAUUUCCUCUUCUUCCUGAACUCGAUGUUUUGUGUGCUAAAGGCCUCAUGGAAUAUGCACAAGGCGUUGGCCAAGUCAUUGCCAUUCAUACUGCCAUUGCCACGGGCAAGUCUUCUGGAAUGAUUGCAAGAUUAAGCGUCUCGGUGUAUAAAACAUUUGAUCAUGCACAGCAGAGCUUUAUGACGUUGGACACCAAGUUGAAAAACCAAAAUGAUAAGAGUGCGACCACAGGUCUAGAAAAUAUGGGUAGCAUUUUAGAUACUGAACUGCGAUUAAUUUGUGCACAAUAUCGUAUUUUGUACAGAGGAAUUACAUUAUAUUACCUCGCGCUUGACGCAAAUCAAAGUGGCAAGAGUGGCAUUUCCGUUUGUUAUAUUGUGAACGCUAAUAAGCAAUUAGAAGAAAUGGAUGUUUUUGAUGAAAUUUCCAAGAAUAAUCCUUUCAUGAAUGAAACACGAAGAAUUUUCGCAGAGUCCAAAAAGCUGGAAACACGGUAUGAAAAAGAAAACAGACUUGUUUAUAGAGAGACAGUUCCUGAUAUUUCCAACUUGGAAAUUCCACAAGGCAUCUGUGUUUUGAAAAUGAUUGAAUUCAAGCUCUCAACAGCGUUCAUUGUAAUAUAA